AUGACCGACGACUUUAACAGUACGGCGAGCUUCAGCUGUCAAAAAUUUAAAUGUUCAGCUCGCGGUAUUCUAUUACCAUUCGGUCUUGAAGCAUGCAUGUCAAUACAAUUACGAGCAGUGCUGUAUUUUAUUUUUUUAUUGUAUCUUUUUCUUGGUAUUGCUAUUGUUGCCGAUAUAUUUAUGUCUUCAAUUGAAACUAUAACAUCAAGAAGACGAAAAAUACGCUAUCCCGAUCCAACAGAAAAUGAUAAAUAUCUAACUGUUGAAGUCCGAAUAUGGAAUGAUACCGUUGCCAAUUUAACAUUAAUGGCAUUGGGUUCAAGUUCACCUGAGAUUCUCUUAUCAAUUAUUGAAAUCAUUGGCAAUCGUUUUGAAGCUGGAGAGCUUGGUCCUGGAACUAUUGUUGGCUCAGCUGCUUAUAAUUUAUUAAUGAUUUGUGCAAUAUGUAUUUCGGCAAUUAAAGCUCCUGAAACCAGAAGAAUCAAAUUGUAUAGCGUUUUUAUGGUCACAUCUUUCUUUGGAUUUUUUGCUUACAUAUGGAUGUUCAUUGUUCUAUCAAUUAUAUCAAAAGAUGUUGUCGAUCUAUGGGAAGCUGUCAUCACAUUCCUCCUGUUUCCAUUGGUUGUCAUUAUUGCUUUUCUGGCAGAGAAAAACUUCUAUGUUUCGAAGAAGAUUGACAUGGAAGAAGAGGAACAAACACUCAUAUUAACACCACCAGAGCAUGAUGAAAAUGGUAGCCCACGUAGUUUUCGGAAAAAUGAACUUCUUCAAUUUUUACGUGAUCUUGGGCAAACAACAAAUUUAUCAUUAGAAGAUAAAGCACAAUUAUUUGCAGCCAAAUUAAGUGAAAGUAUGCAUCGAUCACGUAUGCAAUAUCGUAUUCAAGGUUCUCGAAUGUUGACUGGUGGAAAAUCUUUAUUUCUUAAUUUACCAGAUAAACUUCAAGAGAUCUAUUCCGAAGUCUCUCACCGUGAGAUGUUGACUGAUCGUAAAGCAUCAUGGACACUCAAAUCAAUCGAUGAAGAUCAUCAUAGCGAUCUGAAUGAACAAUAUCCAACUAUUGAAUUUUCUACAACAACAUAUGCUGUACUUGAAUGUGAACAACGAGUUGUUCUUAAAAUCAAACGAUGGGGCGCGAUUGAUGCCGACAUUCGAUUCAGUUAUGGGGUACUUGAACGUGAACAGCGUGUCACUGUCGAAGUUGUUAGAUACGGCUGUACUAAUUCCGUCAUUCAUUUUCGACUUGAUACAAUUGAUGGUACAGCAACAGCUGGUGAAGAUUAUGUUAAAUUAUCUGAAGAAUUUAAAAUGGAACGUGGCCAACAGGAAAAACGAAUUACUAUACAUGUUAUUGAUGAUAAUCAAUGGGAGCCGGAUGAAACAUUUUUUGUUAAGUUAUCAUUACCUGAAGGUGAAGAAACUCAUGCAAAAUUAGGGUCAAAAACAAUUGCACUAGUAACAAUAAUCAAUGAUGAUGAACCGGGUUUUAUUGAAUUCGAAGAAUCAAUUACAUUAGUUAAGGAAAGUAUUGGUAAAGCAGAAAUCAAACUUGUUCGUUCCAAUGGUGCCGAUGGACGUGUUAGUGUACAUUAUCGAACGAAAGAUAUUGAUGCUGUUGCAACUAAAGAUUAUGAACCUGCUCAAAGUGAAAUUAUAUUUGAACACGGUGAAAUAUCAAAAAUAAUUGCUAUACCAAUUAUGAAUGAUCUUGAAGCAGAAAAAGAUGAAAGCUUUGCUGUUGAAUUAUAUGAUCCAACGGGCGGUGCGCAAUUGGGCAAGCAUAUAAAAACGGUUGUUACAAUUAUUAAUGAUGAUGAUUAUAAAACAAUGGCAAAUCGAAUGGCAUCACUUGUCCAAGUCGAUAUGGAUAAAUUAAGUGUAACAAAAACAUCUUGGGGUCAACAAUUUCGUGACGCAAUGAAUGUCAAUGGAGGCGAUUUAGAAACAGCUAAAUUUGGACAUUAUAUUGGUCAUGCACUCGCAUUUUUCUGGAAGGUGCUUUUUGCUUUGGUUCCACCUACAGCUAUCGCCGGUGGUUGGCUAACAUUUUUUGUUUCACUUAUAUUCAUUGCUAUUCUAACAGCUAUUGUUGGUGACGUAGCUGCUAUAUUUGGUUGUCUAGUUGGAUUGAAAGAUAGUAUAACAGCUAUAUCAUUUGUUGCCUUGGGAACAUCGUUACCCGAUACGUUUGCAUCGAUGAUCGCGGCAAAAAAUUCUAAAACAGCUGAUGAUGCUAUUGGCAACGUAACUGGAUCAAAUAGUGUCAAUGUAUUUCUUGGUCUGGGACUCCCAUGGCUUAUUGCAGCUUCCUAUUGGGAGUCAAAGAAUCUUCCAUUUACUGUCAAAGCUGGCGAUCUAUCAUUUAGUGUAUUAGUUUUUUCUGUUUGCUGUAUACUUUCUAUGAGUGUACUCAUUAUUCGUCGAUAUGCCUCCGUAUUUGGUAACGCAGAGCUUGGCGGACCAGUAAUACCAAAAUAUGUAUGUUCAAUAUUUUUUAUUUGUCUUUGGAUUGGAUAUCUUACAUUAUCUGGACUUCAAGCUUAUGGACAUAUUAAAUGGCAUAGUUAG